AUGGCAUUAAAUAGAUUUACUAAUUUAGAACGUAAAUUAAAUGGAGAUACUUCUCUUAGAAAAGCAUACGACCAAUUCAUGCUUGAGUACGAAAACUUAGGUCACAUGAUUAAGAUAAACAAACCAGAAGAAGCAGAUUAUUCCUAUUACAUGCCACAUCAUUGCGUUCAAAAAGCAGACAGCUUAACUACUAAACAUAGAGUGGUUUUCGAUGCAUCAGCUAGCACUUCAAGUGGUUAUAGCAUAAAUGAUCUUCAAAUGAUAGGUCCUGUGAUUCAGGCAGAUUUGUUUUCUAUUUUCAUUAGAUUUCGCCAACAUAAGAUUGCAGUGACUGCUGACGUCUCAAAAAUGUAUAGGCAGAUACUUAUUGAUCCCAGUCAAAGAUCAUUACAAAGAAUUUUAUGGCGAGAUGGUGCAGAUAAAGAUGUUUCAGUUUACGAAUUAAACACCGUUACAUAUGGAACAGCAGCAGCGUCUUACUUAGCUAUUAGAUCUUUAUUACAAACGGCUUUUGAGAAUGAAAACUUACAAGAGGCAUCAUUGAGAAUUAAAAGAGACUUUUAUGUCGAUGAUUGA